AUGGAGCUGGAGGUGCCCGAGGAGGCGGAGGGCUCGGCCGUGGCGGGGGCCGGCGCCAUCACCCCGGAGGCCGGCGCAGGGGAACCGGACGCGGCGGGAGGUCUGGCACCGAAGAAAGCAGCCAUCACCGAGGGCCCAUCGCUACCGGGGCAGCCUGGCCAAGGAAAGAAGAUUGGUCAUCGGAGUGUUGAUGCUUCUGGAGAAACCACCUACAAAAAGACCACUUCCUCCACCCUGAAGGGCGCCAUCCAGCUGGGCAUCGGGUACACAGUCGGCAACCUGAGCUCCAAGCCAGAGAGAGAUGUCCUGAUGCAGGACUUCUACGUGGUGGAGAGCAUUUUCUUCCCAAGUGAAGGAAGCAAUCUCACCCCAGCUCACCAUUAUGCUGACUUCAGGUUCAAAACCUAUGCACCAGUGGCUUUUCGGUACUUCCGAGAGCUCUUUGGGAUUCGUCCAGAUGAUUAUUUGUACUCAUUAUGUAACGAGCCCCUGAUAGAGCUUUCCAACCCUGGUGCCAGCGGCUCCCUCUUCUAUGUCACCAGCGACGAUGAAUUCAUCAUAAAAACUGUGAUGCACAAAGAAGCUGAAUUCCUCCAGAAGCUCCUUCCAGGCUACUACAUGAACCUGAACCAGAACCCACGGACGCUGCUGCCAAAGUUUUAUGGACUGUACUGUGUGCAAUCGGGGGGCAAAAACAUCCGCGUGGUGGUGAUGAACAACAUUCUGCCUCGCGUGGUGAAGAUGCACCUGAAGUUUGACCUGAAAGGCUCAACCUAUAAACGCCGGGCAUCCAAGAAGGAGAAAGAGAAGUCCAGCCCCACGUACAAAGACCUGGACUUCAUCCAGGACAUGCCUGAGGGCCUGAUGUUGGAUGCAGACACCUUCAGUGCAUUGGUGAAGACGUUGCAGCGAGACUGUUUGGUGUUGGAAAGCUUUAAAAUCAUGGACUACAGCCUGCUGCUUGGUGUCCAUAACAUAGACCAGCAAGAACGGGAGCGGCAGUCUGAGGGAGCGCACAGCACGUCGGAUGAGAAGCGUCCCGUGGGGCAAAAGGCACUUUACUCCACAGCCAUGGAGUCCAUCCAGGGUGGGGCUGCCCGGGGGGAGUCCAUAGACACAGAUGACACGAUGGGAGGAAUCCCAGCAGUGAAUGGCAAAGGAGAGCGUCUCCUGCUCCACGUAGGAAUCAUAGAUAUCCUUCAGUCGUACAGGUUCAUCAAGAAGCUGGAACAUACCUGGAAGGCCCUUGUCCAUGACGGGGACACGGUGUCAGUACACAGACCCAGCUUCUAUGCAGAGAGAUUCUUCAAAUUCAUGACCAACACGGUGUUCCGAAAGAACUCCUCUCUGAAGUCAUCUCCCUCAAAGAAAGGGCGUAGUGCCUUGCUGGCUGUCAAGACUUCUGGUCCAACAGCUGCGUUCUCAGCUAGCCAGCUCCCCUCUGAGAAGGACGAAACGCAGUACGACCUCCGUGCAGCCAGGAGCUAUCCCACCCUUGAUGACGAAGGCAGACCAGACCUGCUCCCCUGCACGCCUCCUUCCUUUGAGGAAGCCACCACGGCCUCCAUAGCCACAACGCUCUCUUCAACAUCUCUCUCUGUUCCUGAGAGAUCUCCUUCAGAGACAUCGGAGCAGCCCCGGUACAGGAGACGCACGCACUCCUCAGGGCAGGAUGGCAGGUCGCACGAGGAGGUGCGAGUUGAAGAGGAGCUUCAGCAGAUCAGUGUAGAGCUGGAGCCGAAAUGUGAUGUUGAGAUUGUAGCUCCCGAAGAAGAUGACAAGGAAGAAGCAGCUUCUUCAGCCUGUGCCAUUGUAAUGUCCACAGCCACAAUAGAGGUGGAGACGGCCAGCCAGGCCUCCGAACCAGCCAGCCAGGCCUCGGAUGAAGAUGACGUGCCAGUCACAGACAUAUACUUUGUAAGAUACCUCUGCCUGGCCCCUUAGGGAUGGAGCAGGGUUGUGUGGAUGAGGCUGUAAUCUGUUUCAGGCACGGGGGUGCGUGGGGCAGCGUCUGCCCUACUCUGUGCUGAGCACCUUUAUCUCAGUGCUGGGCAGGGUUUGAACGCAGGGAAUGGAAGUAACCCUUGGAGAACCCAGAACGGCACCUCGUGGGGCUGAAGCACGUGGUGCCGCUGCUGUGGAUGCAGCCGUGGGUGUGCUGCUCUAUUUGGAAGGACUGGUGCUGAAGGGCUUAUCUAGGCCAGUGUGUUCUCUCCUGGGACAAGCCAAGGUGAACGUGGGUGCUGCAGAGACCCCCCAGCCAGGGCCCUGAGCACAGGCACACCGUAGUGGAGCGGAGGUGGUUGUGGUGGGGCUGACCUGGGGCUCUUGUGAACUCUGGCUUUUCCUCUCCCUGCAGGCAGAUGCAUUAGGUGGUGCAGUGGAAGUCUAGUACUGAGACAGGGAGUAAGUGAGGUGGUUGCUGUUGGCAGCAGAGUGCCGUGGAGCCUGGGGCUGUGUUCCUCAGCCAGCUUCCACAACGUCUGAGCAGCUUCUGCAGAACGGAGUGGAGUUUUUAGGAACGUGUGCCUGCUCUGUGGAUUCCCAGAGUGGAGCUGAGGGUCUGACCCGUGGCACAGGAACCUUUCCAUUAAAAGGGGUGCUCUGCUCCAACUUGCAUGGCAAUGGAGUUGAGCUGUGCCCUGUGAGCUCCUUCAGGCUACCCUGAAAAUGGCAGCAUUUGGCUCUCCCUCUGCUCAUGUGGCUCUGCUGCAGAGCUGCUCACUCGUUGCCGAGUCAUUUGAAGGCUCGUGGGAGCUGCAGGAGGAAUUGGUUUUACAAGCUUGUCUGUCUGGGUUUUCGUGCAUGCUGUUCCAAAUGCAAACAGCUCCCUCUAACACUGGCUGCUCUUUCUUUGCCUGUGGAUGGCAGCUGUGUGCAGGCUGCCUGCAGAUACUGCCUGUUCCACUGGCAAACGUCUCCUAGCAAGGGGCAGCUCCCUUCCUCCCUGUCCAUGGGCACGUGGACUCCCCUCAACUUCCACGGGGCUCUUCUCUAUCUAGAAGAAACCAUUUGUGUGCAGUGUGUGCUCACACAGAGCCCGACUGACUCAUCAGCAUCUCAUGCUUCGUCUGAGUCCUUGAGUUUUGCAUUAAAUGUGUGUUGUGUGCUGUGGAGUGUUUGUCACUGCUGGGAUGAAGGGAAAAACUGAUCUGGGUUUCCCCUGGCAGUGGUGGCUUUUCUGUUUGUUUUUUUGUUGGAAAACCACUGGAGCUGAAGCUCAACCAAGGCUGCACCCAAAUGCAGCAAGGCUUGGACCCCAGCUGCCCCUGCAAGCACGCUCCAGGAGCGAUGAUGGGUGGAAGGAUGCUACGUGCAGAGGAUGAUUUGUCAAGUCCUAGGGGCCCACGGUCUGCUUGUUGAAUUCAGCUUCCAAAAGAAGAGCACUUUAUCCCCCUGCUCACUCUCAGGGGAAUAAAGGUGCAGACAUUUGUCAGGCACGGGCACC